AUGACGACAAAUACUCACCAGCUUCAAGGCGGUCCCGUUGGUGCUCACUCCCAGAGUCGAAUAAUCGACGCCCUCGAGAACGCAGUUGCGCGUGCACGUGGCCGCGUCGGGACACAUUGGGGUGCCAAAAGCGGCCGUGCAUGGCAUGGAAACGUUGCCCUUGACGUGCAUCGACCGGAACAUGACGUCGGCGACCACCUUGGUCUUGCGGAAGACGCAACCAUCCUUUCGGGUGCAGAACUGGGUCGGCAGAUCCGGGUGAAUCUCUGGGAUUUCCGUCCCGAUCUGCUGUCCCGUCACCACCGAGAGGGCGACGAAGAAGCUCAGCAGCGCAGCUGGGAACCGUGA